GGUUCUGUCGUCACCGCCAAAGUCUGUUUGACCCAUCUGUUGGGCCAAACAGACGCAAAGCCACCUCAAAUCCUCGACCUUAUCUUAAUUUUCACCUGUUUGCUGCCCCCACCAAAAACCAACCAUACGAUUUCCCCCGAGCUCCCCUAAUUCCCCCGCCCCCCCAGCGGCCCCCCGCUACCGUCGUCCGCCCGACGCCGCCCACCCCCGUUUUCCGAGCUGGCGUGGCGACGCAAACUCACAAAUAUUUACUUCCUAUACAUCAAGAGGAAAGGGGGCCCCCUUUCGUGGAAUGCGGCAACAUGGGCGUGUUUGACCGCGGAGUUCAGAUGCUGCUGACCACGGUGGGGGCCUUCGCCGCCUUCAGCCUCAUGACCAUCGCCGUAGGGACAGACUACUGGCUGUACUCACGCGGCGUCUGCAAGAUCAAGAGCACCAACGAGAACGAGACCAGCAAGAAGAACGAGGAGGUGAUGACGCACUCGGGCCUCUGGAGGACCUGCUGCCUGGAAGGUUCUUUUAAAGGCAUGUGUAAGCAGAUAGAUCACUUUCCUGAGGAUGCCGACUACGAGGCGGAUGCUUCAGAGUACUUUCUACGCGCUGUACGAGCCUCCAGUAUCUUCCCUAUCCUAAGUGUGAUCCUGCUCUUCAUGGGGGGGCUGUGCAUUGCCGCCAGCGAGUUCUACAAGUCACGCCACAACAUCAUCCUUAGCGCCGGCAUCCUCUUCGUCUCCGCAGGCCUGAGCAACAUUAUAGGAAUCAUUGUGUACAUAUCAGCCAACGCUGGAGACCCUUCCAAGAGUGACUCCAAGAAGAACAGCUACUCCUACGGCUGGUCCUUCUACUUCGGCGCCCUCUCCUUCAUCAUGGCUGAAAUGGUGGGCGUGCUGGCUGUGCACAUGUUCAUCGAUCGCCAUCGGGAGCUACGUGUGGGGGCCCGAGCCGCUGACUACCUCCAAGGUGCGGCCAUCACACGCAUCCCAAGCUACCGCUAUCGCUAUCGACGCCGUUCACGCUCUUCGUCCCGCUCUACGGAUCCCUCGCACUCUCGCGAGGCAUCACCAGUUGGCCUCAAGGCCUUCGGGACGCUGCCCUCCACCGAGCUGUCCAUGUACACGCUGCCCAAGGGCCAAACGGGCACGCCAACAGCCACCUAUAACUCCACGGAGAGGGACCACAACUUCCUGCAGGUCCACAACUGCAUCCAGAAGGACCUGAAAGACUCAGGCGGUCACAGCAACACCGCCAACCGGCGCACCACACCUGUAUGAAACUGACAGAUGGACCACAGACACUAACAAAAAUCAGUGGGACUUUGGGGGGAAGCAGCAAAAAACAGAUCAUGGUGUUAGGAGGCAGAAAGAGGAAGAGAAGAGGGCUUAGAUGGGUAGAUUUAGUAGUAAAGGUUAACCGACAGAGGGGAAGUUCUGAGCAGCACCUCAGAUAAUCACUGAGUUUCUGCUUAAAAAAAGGAAACGGAGUAAAAAUGCAUAAAAAAAGAAACAUGCAUGAUUUUCCCAUGAACCAUUGUUUAACAAGUUUUGAACAUGUUUGUAAAGAGUUGAGGGGGAGGUCGGGGAAAGAUGAGUUGGGAGGGGAGGGCCUUGGGGAUGCUGGGGUGGGGUGGGCGGUGGUUGUCUCCGGGCUUUGGAUUAGCGGAGUGGUGGGCUUGGCCAGACUGCCCAUUUAAAGGCAAACUUUAUAUUUUUUACUCUUCCUCAGUCUGAUCAAAAGGGGGCUUAAUCUGGCCCUCAGCCCUUCCUAUGAACCUGCCCUCGAACUUCCAUACCACAAGCCCCCCAACACACACACCCUAAACUUCCUUAAACCCCACUCCUUUCUUUAGUUGCUGUAUCUUCUUGAUUUCAUUCUUUAUUCGCAUUAAUACUGUGAACCAUUGCGGUGUGGGAUUUUAGCAGGGAGCAAUUCAGGCCGCAAAAAAAUAAAAAACAAGAAAAAAAACACAUAAGUUAAUAUAUGUAUUGAUUAUAUAUAAAUAUAUGAAUAUAUAUGUUAAUAAAUCAUGACUAGACUUCCCUGGCGCAAAAAAUAUCAACAAGAAAAAAAAGUAACUUACAAGUGAAACUAAAUCAAGUCGUCAUGGAAACUAAACCAAGACGGAGGAUUCAUUGUGACUGGCUCACUUGAGGGGCAAAGGCUUCAGCCUACUUGAUAAACUGAUAUUGGUUAGUAUUAGACACAUUAUCACAUUCUUUUACAACAAAAAAAAGAAAUCUUUUGGCCUUCCGCCGGACCCUGGCAGCCAUCUUUGUUCAGGGUCAACUAGAGGUAAAAGUUGACCUCACUUUUUUUGUUUUUUGGCCUCAUAAAGGACUGGAGUGAAGAGAGAACUCUGGGUAAUGGAUGAUCUCUCUGCAAACUUGAAGAUGACUGUGGACAAUGAAACGUCACUACUGCCAAAGACACAAAGUAGUGCGUGAGAGAACACGGCUACCAGCGAGCUGAAGCUAAGUGACUCCAAAAAAUUAAGAAUUUACAUGCAUGCUAAUCAAAAUCAUCCGAUCUGCUUUUAAGGAACCUAUGUUUUGAACAACUGAACAAUGAUGCCAUGUAAGGGCAGUGGGAGUGACAAAGUAGAAAUUAAUGUUACAGUACUGUGUCUAUUUCAGUUUUUUUCUUUUUUUGUUUUGAGUGGGUAUUUUGGGUGGGGCUUCGUUACGCUUGAAACAAAAAACGUAUCAAGGCUUUUUUUAACAGAAGAAAAUCUCAUCAUGCCUUUUCAUUUACUUUUACUUUCUCUGUUCCUUUGAACUCUCACACAGCCUUAGUCUUUCUUUCUCUCAUUUUUCUUGGUCUUUGGUUUCGCGUUGUGUUGUUGUAAAUGAGAACUUUAAAAAAGCGUAAUGUCUUUCAAGGUGCCAAAACUGAAUGAUUCUGAACUUGGAUGCAUCAAGUCCUGAUGACGAAUAAAAAUUGAACCCCUCCCCCGUAGGGAACUGAA